AUGCGAGCGGCGCCAAUUUUGUCCAUGACCUCGCAAGAUGUGGCCCGCCUCCUUUUGUCCCGUCGGGCCUGCUGGGCCUGCGGCCCCGAUGCGCUUUAUACCCGGAGGAAGGUUAUCGUGAAGACUCUCCAGAUGCAUGGCAUCAAGAACGCCCCUUUGGCAUCAUCGGAGGUGGAGCGCCUGAACAUGUUCAAGGAUCUGCGUUUGCUACAGGAGGAGUGUGCGGGACCACACCCGCAUCGACGAGGUGCUGAACCGCGUGAUCGAGAAGGCUCUGCUCUGCAGCGCGCCGGCGCGAUCAACAUCCCCCGAGACUACUGGACGCAGGUGGUGGAGCUGCCUCUGCCCACGGGCGUAAAGCUGGAGCGCACGGGCUCCUUCUCCGAGGCCAAGUUCCCGGUGAUCUUCAACGGUGCCGGGGUGAUCCUCUCGGGAGGACCGAGCAGUCCGUGGAAGCAGCGGAUCUUGACGCUUGGGCGCGCCUGGUUUUGCUGCAACUACCAGCACAACGACGCCUUCCCGGGAGACCCACCCGAUGCCAUAUGGGGCCUUUGGCUACAACGGAUCCAAGGCGGCCAGGAGGUGAAGUCCAAGGCGGGACGUGGAUCUGGCGCUGGGCAGAGGCUCAACCCCCUCUACACUUUGCGGGGGGGGGUGCGGCAUGGACUACUGCGAAAAGAUGCCAAGCUGAUCCAGGUAGACAUCAACGGUGACCGCAUCGGCCUCACUAAAGUUAGGUGGUAUCGCUUGGUUGGAUGUGAAGCAGCUGCUGCUAAGCAGCUGGCGCCGGGAAGCUGGGAGGGGGGCGGCCGGGCGGAGCGCGCCGGCCUGGUGAAGGAGAAGAAGGCAGCCUGGGGGGACAGUGAAAACUUGGAGAGCCUGGACCCCACGAGCUGGACGACGAGGGCCUGGCGCGCGAUCAUGCGGGUCAUGCCCAAGGAGGCCAUCAUGUCUUCGGACAUCGGCAACAACUGCGCCAUUGGCAACGCCUACCCCACCUUCGCCUCGCCGCGGAAAUACCUGGCCCCGGGCCUCUUCGGGCCCUGCGGCUACGGCUUCCCGGCCAUCUGGGCGCCAAGGUACGACGACAACUUUGUGGGCACUGAGCUCAACAAAGGCGUGGAGUACGCGGAGAUGGCCAAAGCCUGCGGUCUGAAGGGUGUGAAGGUGCAGUCGGUCGAGCAGCUGGAGCGAGCCUUGAGCUCGGCCAUCGAGGGCCAAAUGAAGCGCGGAGAGACGACCCUGGUUGAGGUGCUGCUGAACCAGGAGCUGGGAGAGCCCUUCCGCAGGGACGCCAUGAAGGCUCCGGUGCAGGUCGCCCCCAUCAAUGCCAGCGACAUGGCGGAGAAAGUUCGUGAAGACUCUCCAGAUGAUGGCAUCAAGAACGCCCUUGGCAUCAUCGGUUCUGCCAUGAUGCCGAUCUCGGAGGAGGUGCGGGACCACACCCGCAUCUUCGAGAUCAACAUCCCGCCCGAGACCUACUGGGACGCAGGUGGUGGAGCUGCCUCUGCCACGGGCCGUAAAGCUGGAGCGCACGGGGGGGCGGGCAAGGAGUCGGACCCGCCGCGCCGCGGAGCUCCUCUCCGAGGCCAAGUUCCCGGUGAUCCUCCAACGGUUGCCGGGUAUGAUCCCUCUUCAGGGAGCGGGGUCCGAGCAGUCCGUGAAGUGGCGGAGCGCUUGUGCGCGCCGCGUUUUUGCUGCAAUACCAGCGCAACGGACGCCUUCCCGGGAGACCACCCGCAUUGCUAUAUGGGGGCCUUUGGGUACAACGGAUCAAGGCGGCCAUGGACGGUGAUGUCCAAGGCGGACGUGGUUAAGGCGCUGGGCACGAGGCUCACCCUUCUCCACUUGCCGGUGCUACGGCAUGGAUUAUGGCCGAAAGAUGCCACGCUGAUCCAGGUAGACAUCAACGGUGGACCGCAAUCGGCCCUAACUAGUUCAGUGGACGUCGGCAUUCAGGGCGACGCAGGCUUGGUGGCUGAGCAGCUGCUGCAGCAGCUGGCGCCGGAAGCUGGGAGCGGCCGGGCGGAGCGCGCGGCCCUGGUGAAGGAGAAGAAGGCAGCCUGGGCAGCUGAACUGGAGAGCCUGGACCACGAGCUGGACGACGAGGGCACCACCUGGAACCAGCGCGCGCGCCAGGCAGCGCCAGAUUUCAUGUCUCCGCGCCAGGCCUGGCGCGCGAUCAUGCGGGUCAUGCCCAAGGAGGCCAUCAUGUCUUCGGACAUCGGCAACAACUGCGCCAUUGGCAACGCCUACCCCUCCUUCGCCUCGCCGCGGAAAUACCUGGCCCCGGGCCUCUUCGGGCCCUGCGGCUACGGCUUCCCGGCCAUUCUGGGCGCCAAGGUGGGCAACCCCGACGUGCCCGUGGUGGGCUUCGCUGGGGAUGGCGCCUUCGGCAUCUCCGUGAAUGAAAUCACCGCCUGUGGGCGCGGGGAUUGGCCCCCGGUGACCAUGGUGGUCUUCCGGAACUUCCAGUGGGGCGCGGAGAAGCGCAACACCACGCUCUGGUACGACGACAACUUUGUGGGCACUGAGCUCAACAAAGGCGUGGAGUACGCGGAGAUGGCCAAAGCCUGCGGUCUGAAGGGUGUGAAGGUGCAGUCGGUCGAGCAGCUGGAGCGAGCCUUGAGCUCGGCCAUCGAGGGCCAAAUGAAGCGCGGAGAGACGACCCUGGUUGAGGUGCUGCUGAACCAGGAGCUGGGAGAGCCCUUCCGCAGGGACGCCAUGAAGGCUCCGGUGCAGGUCGCCCCCAUCAAUGCCAGCGACAUGGCGGAGUGA